AUGGCGCCAACCGUCGAGGAACCCAAGAAGCGCGGCCGCGGCAGGCCCCCCAAGGCCGACGGCCAGAAGAAGACGCCCUAUGUUCCCACAGGACGCCCUCGCGGCCGCCCAAAAGGCAGUGGAGGCGUGAAGAAGGCGACCGCUGCUCCUAAGCCCACUACCGCCGGCAAGACACGCGGUAGACCCAGGAAGGCCGACGACGCGACCGCGACUACUCCCAAGAAGGCCUCCACGCCCAAUAAGGCCACACCAAAAUCUGCCGCUGGUGGUCGCCGUGGCCGUCCUCGCAAGUCCGACGCGUCUGAGUCUGCCAAGAAAACCAAGGCCACUAAAGAGGAGUCUCUCGCUGAUUCCUCCUCAGGAUCCGAAGAGGAAGAGCAGGAAACUAAGAGAGAAGCCGCGCCAAAGUCGCCCUCCGACGCCGCGGACUAUGCCGAAGAGGUGCGUCCCUGGCUGCCAUCGAGAAUGAUACGAGGAAUAUUCGGCUGA